AUGGGUGCGGGAAAGGCAAAAUAUGGUUUGUUCGUGGAUGGGACGAUACGGGGCACCAAGUGUAGGUUUCUCAUCGAUACUGGGUCGACCGACACUGUGGUGAGCAGCAUAGUGUAUCACCAAAUUCCAUGGGAACAGAGACCAAUUUUGGAGACAGGACUGAAGGUGGAGCAAGUUGAUGGUAGUCCGUUGGCAGUGGUUGGGGCUGCCUCGGUGGAGGUACAGAUAGGGAAGACAGUAGCCACUGCGAAGGUGAUCUUUGCCGAUGUCCCGUAUUCAGGAAUUCUGGGGAUGAAUUUCCUGUUGCCCAUGGGUGCGAGUUUGGAUCUGCAAUCUCUUCAACUGAGGUUAAAUGGUGAACACAUUAAAUGCACUAAUAGUGCUGGUGAGUCGUUUGUGGGGAGGGUAGUUGUCAUUGAGACUACGGAGAUUCCCUCUGUCCGUGAGGUUGUGGUGCCCGGCACCAUUUCAAGGUUGUGUGAGGUUGUUGAGGGUCCUGUUUUUGUUGAGCCUGUGGAGGGUGGUGGUGAGUUAGCGCAGCGAGGUUUAGUCCUUGCUAGGUCACUGGUUGAGGGUGACUUGGACGUGUUGCCGCUACGGGUGCUUAACCCUUGUAGGGAGAUGCGCGUCGUGCGGCGGGGUACCACCGUAGGGAUGGUCUGUCAGGCUGAGGUUGACCGUGGUCAUGAUAUUCCCUGUAGAAGAGGCGAGGUUGAGAGUAACCUCCCUGUACAUCUACGGGACCUGUACAGUAGAAGCGUGAGGUUUCUGAGGGAUGAGGAUCAUUAUCAGGUGAUGAAGUGUCUGUCGGAGUAUAAUGAUGUGUUUUCUCGGGGUGAGCACGAUAUCGGUUGGACCGAGGUUGUGGAGCAUCACAUUAACACGGGCGGUGCGGGGCCAAUUAAAGAGAGGCCUAGGCGUCACCCGAGUUGUAAUCAACAGGAGAUCAUGAGGCAAGUCCGUGACCUGGAGGAGAGGGGUGUCAUCGAGCCGUCGGAUAGUCCUUGUGCUGCCAACGUUGUCUUGGUCAAGAAGAAAGAUGAGAAGUUGGAUGCGUUAGGGGAAGCUCAAUGGUUUUCCACACUCGAUUUGGCCUCGGGCUAUUGGCAGGUUGCCCUUGGCAAGGACGCCAGCCAGAAGUCGAGUUUUUGUUGUUCGCAACGGCUUAAGACUCUUGAGGAAGAGGUACAGCGUCUCAGGGUUGUGUUCGAGAGACUGCUGGAGGCUAGACUUAAGCUGAAGCCCAGCAAGUGUAGUCUGUUUCAGCGGUCAGUAGGUUACCUUAGCCACAUUGUGUCGGCCGAAGGUGUGGCAACUGGCAACUGA